CGUUUUUACAUUUUUUCUACCUGUUUAUUCGGUGUAUCUGUGUAUUUUUUUUAGCCUGUCUGAAUGAAUGUUAGGACGGAAAUCGAGGAAACCGAGGAACACAAGCCAAUCAACGGGUUGAGCUGACGAAUUUACAGGGACGUUCCUGCCCCUGUGGCCUUAGCUCCAUCAUGGUGGACGUUUCAUCUGCGUGGGUCUGUCACUCUGAGGGACAUAACUUGGCAGAUGUCCUGCUUCCUGUUCACAUCAGUGAUGGUGGCAGCAGUGAAGAGGAGCUCAGUCAGUCCGAAGAUAAAAAGACGAACUGGGGCAGCCCGGUGCUGCUGGAGCAGACAGAAGAAGGGUGUUCCUGUGUCUUAACGCUCAAAUGCAGCUCCUGCUUCCCGUCUGCCAUAACCUGCCUUCUGGUGGUCAGUGAAGCUCGAACCAUAGAGGUGUACAACCAGAUGGGUGACUACUGCGGGACAGUAAGAGGAGUGAGGGAGGAAAGCACCCAACCAGACAGUUCCGACAGAGGACCUUUCUACAGGAAACAGCUGAUGCUUGAGAAUCCAUCAUCCACAUGUGAAGUGAAGCUGCUCUCUCUGGCUGGUAGAAAAAGUGUGUUGGUUUGUCGAGUCAUCGUCGGCCUUCAGGCUCUUCAGCAGUCCCCUGCUCGAGGCCUCGGCAUUGACAUGCAGCAGGUGCAGAGUCUAGUGGAUGAGAUGGGAAAGAGCCUCUCACCUGGAGCUCAGAACCUCAUGGACAUGGUGCAGUUCCAGCAGAAGAACCAGACUGGCUCUCUUGGUGGCUUCUUUCCUCUCCUGAUGGGUAGUGGAGGUCUCUCUGCCCUGGUCCAAGGAGCCAACAUCCCCCCAGCAGCCUUCAACAGCCAUCCUCAGCCAAUGAACUCCAGGCCCCCUGUCAGCUCCCCAAGGCCUGCAGAUGAGUCUCUUUCAAGUCCCAGUGGGACAUCAGACAGCUCUGCCUCCUCAGACACUCAGUCUAAAGUGAGCGCCGAGCCCAGAGGCCCCAUAAGCCACGCCCAGCUGACACAGAUGAUGUCGCACUUCCUGAACGCUCAGGGAAACGAUCAGGCGUUGAGCCCCAGCCCUGAGUUUCUGCCCAUGCUCCAGAGCGUCUGCGGUCAGGUGACGAAGCUGCGGCUGGACGACGCUGCAUUGAUGGCGGAGAAGGAGAAGGAGAUGACAAACGGUUCAUGGGAGUUGGACUCAGCCAUGGAGCGUCGUCUUGAAGAGAUGGAGAGGAGACUAAAGGAGCACGUGGACCGCCGUCUCGACGCUCUGGAGCAGAAGCUGGAGAAGGCUCUUCUCAGCGUCCUCAACCAGGGAGCGAUGAGCAACCCAGCAGGUGAUGCACUGUCCCCCGGGCCGUCAGAGCAGACUGCUGCAACACCAGCCGUGCACUGAGUGUAAAACCUCUAAAGGACUAACAAAACAUGUGACCUGCGAGCCUUUUUGCCAUAAAAAUCAACCUUUGAGUUUAAGAGGAGGCAGAAAAGGUAAAAAAAAACAACUAAGUGAUAGCAAUAAUCCACUAAAUGUAAACGUGUGUUGAACUACGAGUGUUCAUCCAUCUUUUGUAACAGUUUGCCUAACUUUUAUCUCUGGGAAAAUAGCAAAUGUUUGCAACUCUGCUCGACAGCAAAAGUCAAUGUCCUGAGUGUAGGACAGUCUAGGUUUGUAGGCUGGUUACCAUGAUGCACAUUUACUGGAAAAAAUGCCAGAGGUUUCCCAUCCUGAUACCAAAAACAAUUCAUGUGUCUGCAAGUAUUUUCAGCUGUAUGAAAUGUAGGCUGGAGGACCGUUUUCAACAAAGGUCCAUGUUUAGUCAAGCUGAUUUUGAACUUUUCUUUUCCAGCCAGAGAAAAAAGUAAGAUUUCAGAGACGGUAUUACUGAAGGCUAAUGCAGUGAAGUGAUCUGAUCCAGGUUAGUGUCAUCAGCAGGGGUGUACCAUGAAGGGAGCUCAACAUAUCCGGUCUUUCUUUGGGUAAGCAGGAUUGACAAAGCCCAAAGCUCCAGUUAGAGAUAUCUGGCCAAGAUUUGCAUCCUCUGUUUUUUAAAAUAAUCCUGUCCACACAUGAAAAUGCACUGUUGCGUGUUGUAAAGAACAUACCAUGUCAAUAACAGUCUGCUUUUCACUGCACAGGCGAAGCAGCUCACUGACAGACGGCAACAAUGUCUUUGUGUGCAAAAACAUUCCCACCAUUGUUGACAAUUUAAUUUUCAGUGUUGUCCCAGUGUUCAAUGUUGGGGAGUGAGUCUUUGCCCAAAGUGAAGGACUCCAAGUAUCUCUGGGUCUUGUUCACGAGUGAAGGUAGAAUGAAGAACGUGCCAUUGACAGGCAGAUUGGUGCAGCAUCAACAGUCUUGGAGGCGUUGUACCGUACUAUUGUGGUGAAGAGGGAGCUGAUCCAGAAGGCAACGGUCGAUCUAUGUUCCAACCCUCACUUAUGGUUAUGAAGUCUGGGUGAUGACUGAAAGAAUGAGAUUAGAGGUUUGAGUGGUCGAGGGUGUCUGGGCUCAGAGGAGCUUGGAUAUCUGAGGCCCCAUCCACAUGAAAAUGAAUUUAGGUGUAUACGCACAAGUUUUAUGUCGGAUCGGCGUUUCAUCCACGCGGAAACGGCGUUUCGAGUGACUGUAAACGCUACUUUUGAAAACGGGUCUCAGAGUGCAUAAAUCCAUAAACGACUGCCGUUUUGUCUCGGUGUGGACAGCUAUCCACAUCUUUCUUGAAACGAUUAUGUCACACAUAGCCUAUCUCCCUUGAGGCGCCUGCGCAGGUCCAACCAAAACAUUAAUGGCGGACUACAGGGUUGUGUUCAUGCUGCAGAAGCUACUGAGCUUAUUAUGGCUUUUACAGCAAAAUCUGAUGCUCCUUUACCACCACCGCAAAACGCAUAAACCAUAUGUUCUUAAAGAAG